AUGUCUGGAAAUCCACAACAGGGUCUACGUGACCUAUCGUCUUGCUCUGCAGACAGAACCUAUGCACAGCGGUAUGUCGUCGUUCUGACAGAGCUUCAAGACGAGGCAAUGAAGUUGGUCGAAGAAGAAAGCCGGACAUUGCCACUCACAAAUGGGGUCCAAGCAUUACAUAAAAGGCCAGUCGCGACAUUUUGCAACUCUUCCAAUGUCAAUACGGAUGGAAUCCAGGCCACUGUACCUGUCCCAGGAGAUGUGGUCGUAUCCUGCGAAGAUUUUCACACAAUAGGCUCUAAUCUUAACGGCCAGCCAUCCCAGAAUGCAGAGCUUUCUGGUCCCAGCGACGUCUACGAGAGAACAGAUUCAUGGACCAUCCACGAUCUUGAAAAUCAGGAGGCUUUUCGCGACCUGAACAUCGAAGGACUAGCAGAUCUUGCCUUCAUUUUCUCUGCCGAAAACACCAGUCUUUUUCAAUCAGGAGAAGGACUUGGAGUAAUAUAG